UUCCCUUGACGUUUUGCAAUGCCCCACUUUGCUAAAAGUCACAGGCUCUUGCGAUCCGGCAAGAUCACGGGAAAUCCGACGCCGCAAUCGAGGUGAUCAGGUACAAACCCUGGGGAGAGUGAGAGAGAGAAAGAGAAAAACUCUACUUGCGUCACGUGUUAGAAACUGACGUCAGGAAGGGUGGAACCGAAUCCUUUCAAGGCAGCUGGUCUGAAAGCUGCGGUCCGCGCGGUGAGCUGAGUCGAAGCCGCGCCUCUUCCUAGGACGGAGCUGUCGAGGUGCGGGCAAGUUGGGGGACGCGGACUCGGCUUUCUUAACCUGCCACCCUGAAGGGAAGGCGAGCCCGGCGCUAUUGCGGGGCCUCGCUCUCCGGGAAGAAAGCGCCAAGUUCACCUUCAUUUGGACAUCUGGUCGGGCAGCUCUUGUGAAUGGCUAAAGGUAAAGAGACGGGAAUUCCCAAGCCUGUGACGCAAGCGGAGAGCGAAAUGGCUCAGCCGCCGCCGCCGCCGCCGUUCUGUUCCUUGGAAGGGUCCAGCCCCCCGUCUCUUUACCUCCAUAACUUGCCCUCCUGGGUGCUGGAGGACUUUUGCCAGAAGAUGGAUUGCCUCAACGAGUACGACUGGAUGCGCUUUGCAUCUCAUGUGAUAACUGACCAGACUGAGCUGAGAAAAAUCAAAUGCAUGGAAAAAGCAGGAAUUAGUAUAACAAGAGAACUGAUGUGGUGGUGGGGAGUGCGGCUUGCGACGGUCCAACAAUUGUUGGAACUUCUGCAGGAACUGGAGUUCUACAGAGCAGCACAAGUGAUUUCAAAUUGGAAAUCACACAAUCAUGAUUCUGCCAGGACUGUUUUGAAGUUCCCUGAACAGGACAAGGAUUUGCCACGUCAAAAUGGGACGGAAAAUAAAAAGAAAAUAGAAAAUGGGAUGGAAGUAUCAUCAUCAUUGCCCAACUUGACCCAGAUGCAUAGAAGACAGAAUGAUCCUCUUUUAAAGGUAGAUUCAGACAUACCUCCUUUAUCUCUACCGUCAACUUCUAUGGACCUUCCACAUUCUUUACAUUCCAAUUUCUCAGAUUUCUUAAAUGGAAAGCUCUCUAGUUCUUCCAUUCCUCACGACAAAGCUGCUCCUAAUCGUGACACUGCAAGCCUUUUGUGGAUGCCAAGGGAAGUGGAUAUUGCCACCAGUGGCUUCAGUGAAAAAAACCGAAUUAGUGAAGGCGCCUUUGCUACUACUUACAGAGGUCAGAGAGAUAAUGCUCACUAUGUUGUUAAAAAACUAAAAGAGAAUGAGGCACAAGUAUUUUUUCGUACAGAAGUGCAAAUUUGCUUUCGAUGUUGCCAUCCUAAUAUUCUACAGUUGUUGGGUUUCUGUGUAGAAAGUGGACUUCAUUCCUUGAUUUAUCCCUACAUGGAAAAUGGAUCGUUACUGGACAGGUUACAAUGUCAGGAUAGUUCUGAAGCAUUAACAUGGGAGAAACGCACCAAAAUAUCUUUGGGAUUAAUUAAAGCCAUUCAACAUUUACAUCAGUUUGGAAUUAUUCAUGGAAAUGUAAAAAGUUCCAAUGUUUUGCUGGAUGCAAACUUUGUACCACAACUUGGACAUUCUGGUCUUAGACUGCAUCCUGUGGAAAAGAAAUCGGAAUAUACAGUGAUAAAAACCAAGGUCUUGCAAGCUUCACUAGCUUAUUUCCCAGAAGAUUUUGUCAGGCAUGGGCAGCUAACUGAAAAAGUGGACAUAUUUGCUUGUGGAAUUGUUUUAGCAGAAAUACUGACUGGCAUGAAAGCAGUGGAUGAAAGAAGAAAUCCUAUUUUUCUGAAAGAUGCCUUGCUUGAAGAAGUCAGAAUGGCAAAAGAAUUGUCUUGUUCUAAGGAGAAAAACUUUGAAAAUCUUGCUGCCAUACAAAUAUGUCACAAAUACCAAGAUAAGCAAACUGUUUGUUUGACAGAAACAGUUUCUUUAUGCUUGGCCACUUCUGUCUGCAUUUGCCUGCGGAAAAAGAAUGCAAACACAACAGAGGUGAACGAAAUGAUAGAAAUUGCAGAUCAUCAAACAAGAUCUCAGAACAUGUCAGAAAGAAGCAGAAAUCUUGGAGUCUUCACCAAUAUUCCAGAAGAAACCAAUGAUGAACCAGCUAGUCCCUUCAAUGUUGAUUUCUACGGUCAUAACCACAAAGCCUCUGCCAAUUCUGGAUCUCUAAACUGUACCACUACAUUACCACCUUGCAUAAAAGUUUUGCCUCCUGAAACAUACUCUGAGCAGAUUUUAAGGGAACCUUGUGAGUCAGAUGAAUCCUGUAACUUUUCAUGGGAUGCUGCAGAACAUGCUUCCUUCUGUGCAUCAACCAAACACAGUCUGGAGCCAGAAAAUGUUUCUUUCCCUAAACCUGUGAUGUUCACAGCAAAAAAUACAGACUCUGACAGGAAAACAAAUCAACAGCAGAGAAAAAAUGAUGGCGCUGCUUGUUCCUCACAAGGUAAAAGCUUUAAUGAAAGAAAUAAAAAUCAAUGAUAAAAAGAAGCAGCUAAUGGAAAAAAUAACAUUAUAUAAUGAAAAUAAGAUAAACAGUUAUGACCUCUUUGAAUCUUCAAUAUAAAUAGAUUUCUAUCAGUUGUGACUUCAGAAGAUGGAACAUUUCCUCGCCAGCAAAAUGCAUUUUUUAAAGUACUGUUAUACUUAUAUAUACAAGAAAGCUCCACUGAUGUUACAUAAUGAGAAAGCAUUCCUUUUCAAAUCCAUUUAUAUAUGGAUUUCUCUUGUUUUCCUGUUCUGAUUGAAAUUAUUUUGUUGGAUCUAGCCAAAAUAUUAUCUGAAGCAACCCCCUCUCCCCCCCAGAUAUAAAAGAGCAGCAUUCUUCAGUUGUAACUGAUUGCCGGUUGGUAUAUUCUCUGAAAACAAAUGUAUUGUUCUUAUUUUGUACAUGGUAUUGAAUUAGAUAAUCACUAGGCCUUCUUACAAUUUGUCUAUUAUUUGUAAGAUAACAACUCAAAACCUGGGGUAUAUAUAUGUAUGCAUAUUUUUUGCUCCUUAAGGACUUAUUGCUUGAGGAAAAACAUUGCGAGCAGAUUGCACUAAAAGGUAUUAAGUGAAGGAACAAUGAUAAGUUUUAUCUGGCAUCCUUAAUAUAGGAGUUCAUUAGAUAGUGCUCAAUGCACUGAUAAGCACUGUAGAACAUUUAAUCAUAAUAAAAGCAAUUCCACAGUUGAACAGUAAUAUACAUCUGUAUAACAAAUGAGAGAAAAAAAACAAGUGUUUUUUUCUGCUAUGUAGAUGAUUUUUUUUUUUUAAUUUGAUUUAUAUGCCGCCCUUCUCCGGAGACAGGGCAGCUUACAAUGCGUUAAGCAAUAGCCUUCAUACUUUUGUAUAUUUAUACAAAGUCAGCUUAUUGCCCCCACAAACUGGGUCCUCAUUUCACCUACCUUAGAAAGGAUGGAAGGCUGAGUCAAUCUUGAGCCUUGGAGAGAUUCGAACCAGCAGUAAAUUGCAGGCAGCUGUGUUAAUAACAGGGUGCGUAGACCACUGUACUAUCAAGGCUCUUAGUCAUCUUAGAUUCUACGGCUGUUGAAAUACUUCCCAAAGUCAGGAUAUACCAUUUUUUCCUUUCCAUGUAGAUUCUCUUAUAUGGGCUUAUAUGGCUUUCAAAAAGUCCCUGACAAAAUUCUAGAAACUUACUCGUUUUCUGAGUAAUAGAAACAACAACAAUAUUUUUUGUAUCAUAACAUUCUUUUCUAAAUGAAAAGAUAUAAUUUAGAAUAAUCAAGCACACCACCACCAACCAUACUACCAUGAUUUCGUAUAGUCUAGCUCUGGUAAUUUCAGAAUUCAGCUCCUAUUCUGUACCCUGGUUAAUAUCCUAGCAUAGAGUUUCCCAACCUUUCUGGUUUUGCAGACUGCUGGGGGAGGGGUGGGUGGGAGGAUGGUUCUGUGUGAGUGGCUGGCAAGUACGUGCAUGUACAUGCAGCUCUAUUUGCACCAGUGCCGUGCAUGUGCGCCUGCUGCUCAUGCAAAUGGAGCGUGCAUGCACUUGCUUACCCACUGUUUACACAAAUGGGGAUGGGCUUGCACACUCACCCAAUGUUUCCAUGGCCUGGUUGCAAACUAGUGGGUCACGGCCCAGAGGUUGGGGACCCCUGUCCUAGCACAUCUUGAAAAUUAAACAGGCCUUACUUUGAUCUUAAGCAGACCAAUUUUGUUGCAGACAAAACCGGAUGGCUGUUUCACACACUUUUGAGGUUUUUGUAGAAUAUAAAUACUACAACUUCACUUCCAUAUUAGGAAAAUUUGGGGAUGACUGAGUAGUAAGAUGGACUCUCCUGACACUGACUUGAAUAGUUUCGUGUCAUGAAUAAAUUCACAAAUUCUAUGAAUACUGGAGCUCUUGGUGGGAUGGGAAUGGGAAUGAAUAAUAGCGACAUCUAGUCCCAUCACUUUUUGGAUCUAGUCUCAGGUCCUUCAGUACAUAAUUUAUCUCUCUCAUUCAUUUGCAAAUGCAAAACAAGAAGAGGUCCUAUUGUUUGUGCCCAGCCAUGCUGUGUCACUAGCUGUGGUGCCUUCUGGAGGAAGACCUGGCUGGAAUAACUCAGGCCCUUGUUAUAUUUGGACUUUUGCAAUGUGAUGCACUCUGAAAAGUAUAGUUGAGGCAAAAUGCAGCAGCACAAAUAUUGAGUGAUAAUGGUUUUUAUAUAACUUUUAUCUUGUAACAUAGGAUAGGUUUAAUAUAAUCAGCCCUACACUGGUUAUCAAUAGUUUUCUGAAUGCAGUUAUAAAGAUUGGCACAAGAUAUCUUCAAGAAGGUGUGUAUUCUAGCUGGAAUUGACAGUUGGAGGUCCUUAAAGGACAAGGUCGUCCCAGUUUUGUGAGGCAAAGGAAGCUGAAAGCAGAACAUGUUUCUGUUACAACACUGAUACUCUGAAACAUUUCCCUCUACAAGGUAGGCUGAUCCUUUGGAUGGUGGCCUUCUCAAAAAUAGGGAAGGUGAUAGUCUAAUGCUAACCCUUCUGAAGGACUGUGGCGUGUAGUCUGGAACUGGUAUUUACUUAGGAUUAUUUAUUGUAUCUCUUGUUUUUAUUUAAGAAAUUUUUAAAGAGUUGCUUCACAGUGAGAUGGGCAGUAUAUACAUUUAAUAACAUAAUAUGUUAUAUUUAUUAAAUUGAUGUAAUAAUGAUUCAGAGGUUUUUAAAACUAGUUGCAAGAAGCAUGAAGAACAUACUACUAAUGUACUAUUAUUCUUCUAUAUCAGAGUUUCUUGAAGCGUGAUCUAAGGACACUGAGGAAUCCCCCCUAAGACCGUCUCGGGGGUCCAUGAAAUCAAAAUUUGCCAGAUAUUAAAAAUAUUUGGAAAAGCAAUGUCAUGUUUUACUUAUUUUUGUUAAAAAUAUUUUCCUAAAAGUAUUUGUUACUAUCUAAUGGCAUUAAUAUUAUUUUUACAUGAUUCAAUAAAUAAAUAUUCUAUAAA